AUGAGCCUGAAGAGAAGUGGCUGCGUGUGGCUGCUGGCCCUGGUCGUGUGGGGGCCCCCGGUGCAGUGUGGGCCCCAGACGUCGCUGCAUGAGAACAUCACGGACCAGCAGCUGUUCUGGGGGGCCGAUCAGUACGACUUCUCUGUGGUGCUGCGAGCCUCUGGGCUGGAGUGCUUCUGGCAUUUCGCUCACAGGGGAGAAAUCUUCUACCUGAACUUCAUGGUGCAGUGGGUGACCGGCGUGGGCCAUGACAGACACCUCUCGGUCACAGUGAACUCACCCGGAGGUCUGCUGCUCCACACGAUAGACGAGGCCACGGGUCAGAUCCGCUUUGAGGCCCAAGAAACUGGCUUCUACCAGAUGUGCUUCAGUAACUUCCACAACCGCUUCGGGAUGCUGCAGGUGUUCUUGAGUUUCGGGGUGCACUACAACGGAUACGAAGACUCCAGCAAACAGAAGAAAGAGCAGGACGACCGGGACCUCAACAACACUCUCAGCGUCAUAGAGGACGCCACAAACAAAGUGGAGAUGUACGUUUUUCACAUGUUUCGCUACUACACGUUCAGCCGCAUGAAGAAGAGCGCUGACUACUACCUGCUGCUGUCCAACUCCCAGUACGUGUCGUGGAUGUCCCUGGGCCUCAGCCUCCUCAUCCUCACCUCGGGAUACCUGCAGCUGCUCUUCCUCAAACGCCUCUUCGUCUCCAAGAGCGCGGAGCAGGAGGAGAAGCCGCGCUGCUGA